UUCUUCGCUUCUCCUCCAAAAUUAAGUUCGUUACAUUGCACGGUGAUUAUAUUUAGGUCUAAAGAUUUCAACGGAUUUUGAUAAUCAAGAGAUAUGUUUGUGCUGAAUCCGGCGAGUUCUCUUGCUUCAAAUCUCUCCGACAACGCCUUCCGCCGAUCUCCCGCGACCCACGCCGGUGCUUUCACCGGAAGACGCCGGAAGAGCCGUAUCUUGGCUCCCAGCGGGUCUCGGGUCGUCAACUGGAAUGUGACGAGCAUUCGAGCCGUGAUCAGCAGCAGUAGCGGCGGCAAGACGGCUGAUACCGCCACGUCUCCGGCCGAUGGAACGGUGCCGUCGUCAACUUCUUCUGGAAGUGAAGGAAUCCAAGUGAGGGCGGUAGUGACGAUCCGGAAGAAGAUGAAGCAGAAGAUUACUGAUAAGUUGGAAGAUCAGUGGGAAUCGUUGGUGAACGGGUUCGGCCUGGGAAUCCAGAUUCAGCUCAUCAGUGAGGAAAUCGAUCCUGUCACUAAUUCGGGAAAGAGCAUUCAGACGAACGUUAGAGGGUGGCUACCAAAGCCGUCGAACAUUUCUUACAUCGUCGAAUACUCUGCUGAUUUCACAGUCCCAAGCGACUUUGGAUCCCCCGGUGCCAUUCUCAUCACCAAUCUUCAUGGCAAGGAGUUCCACUUGUUGGAGAUCAUCAUUCAUGGCUUUGAAGGAGGUCCCAUUUUCUUCCCAGCAAAUACUUGGAUCCAUUCUCGCAAUGACAAUCCUGAAAGUAGAAUCAUCUUCAAGAAUCAAGCAUACUUACCAUCACAAACACCAGCUGGUAUUAAAGAUCUUCGACGUGAAGAUUUGCUAAGCAUCAGAGGUACUGGAAAAGGAGAGAGAAAGCCUCAUGAUAGAAUAUACGAUUAUGCUCCUUACAAUGACUUGGGAAAUCCUGACAAGGACCAGGACAUCGCUAGACCGGUCGUAGGGGGUGACGAAAGGCCUUACCCGAGGCGUUGUAGAACCGGUCGGCCCCCAACCUCCACAGAUCCACUGACUGAGAGUAGAAUUGAAAAGCCACAUCCUGUAUACGUGCCUCGUGAUGAAGCAUUCGAAGAAAUCAAGCAGGAUACUUUCUCUGCUGGAAGGGUGAAAGCUCUGUUCCACAAUCUUAUUCCUUUGCUUGCUGCAACGCUGUCAAGUUCAGACAUUCCAUUUAACUGCUUUUCCGAGAUUGACAAGCUUUAUAUUGAUGGAGUUGUUCUGAGAGGUGAAGAGCAUAAAAACAUGUUAGAGAAUCUAUUAUUGGGCAAGAUGAUGAAACAGGUCGUCAGUGUUGGAGAAAGAUUGUUAAAAUAUGACAUCCCAGCUGUUAUAAAGAGGGAUAGAUUCUCUUGGCUGCGAGACAACGAAUUUGCAAGGCAGACUCUCGCUGGGGUGAAUCCAGUAAAUAUUGAGUUGUUGAAUGAAUUUCCUAUUCGCAGCAAACUAGAUCCUGUUGAGUAUGGUCCUUCAGAGUCAGCAAUAACCAAGGAACUACUGGAACAAGAAAUUGGAGGAAUGAGCUUGGAAAAGGCUAUUGAGGAAAAAAGACUAUUUAUCCUAGACUUCCACGACAUGCUUUUGCCUUUUAUCAAGAAGAUGAACUCUUUGCCUGGGAGGAAAGCCUAUGCCUCAAGGACAAUUCUCUUCCAUAGUCCCAAGUGUAUUCUGCGGCCUAUUGCUAUUGAGCUUUCUCUUCCUCCAACACCAUCAUCACCAGGGAAUAAGCGGGUUUAUACACAUGGCCAUGAUGCUACAGCACACUGGAUUUGGAAGUUAGCAAAAGCUCAUGUUUGCUCUAAUGAUGCUGGUAUCCAUCAACUAGUAAAUCACUGGUUAAGGACUCAUGCAUGCAUGGAGCCAUAUAUAAUUGCCACUCAUAGACAGCUAAGCUCAAUGCACCCCAUUUACAAGCUGCUACAUCCUCAUAUGCGCUACACACUGGAAAUUAAUGCACUAGCACGACAGAAUCUAAUAAAUGGAGGGGGAAUAAUUGAGGCUUCCUUCAGUCCAGGAAAGUAUGCAAUGGAGCUUAGCUCAGCAGCCUACAAGAAUAUGUGGCGGUUUGAUAUGGAGUCACUUCCAGCAGAUCUUAUUCGAAGGGGAAUGGCUGUAGAAGACCCUUCAAUGCCAUGUGGUGUAAAACUGGUGAUUGAAGACUACCCCUACGCUGCAGAUGGACUCCUAAUUUGGUCUGCCAUAAAAGAAUGGGUAGAGUCAUAUGUUGAGCACUUUUAUUCUGACUCAAAUUCUAUCACAUCUGAUUUCGAGCUCCAAGCAUGGUGGAAUGAAAUUAAACAUAAGGGUCAUCACGACAAAAAGAAUGAGCCCUGGUGGCCUAAACUCGAGAGCAAAGAGGAUCUCUCUGGCAUACUUUCCACGAUGAUUUGGGUAGCGUCAGGUCAACAUGCUGCAAUAAACUUUGGACAAUACCCUUUUGGAGGGUAUGUGCCUAAUCUUCACUCUGAAUGAGUUGUAUUCUUCCAUGAUCAUCGAUCCCUUUAGUAUGCGUGCGGUCCUUUUUGUUUUAUGUUUGAUUUACACUUGAUUUCGACUUGACUUGUGGUUGCGAUUUAGAGUAUAAAGAUCUGAGCAGAUGAUGAGCUGAUUCAACUGCAAAAUUGCUGAUUGGUAAUUCCAUGAAGCUAUUGAAAAUCGAGCUUUUUAAAACUGAUGCUCAGAUCUCACCACGCUCCUUGGAAUCGUCUCUGGUUAAGUACUCUCAGCCUGUAACUCAUUUGAUCGUUUCUCAAUUUUCGGAAACUGCCAUGUUAAAUAUGGAAUGGGUUCCAAAUUAUAGAGGAAGAUGAAGUUGGAAGCUUUUGAUUCCUGCCAUUUGAGGGGGGAAGAAAAAAUUGGGAAAUUAGGGUAAUGGAUGGGUAAAGAAUUCUUUUUUGACCAAUAGAUGGGUAGAGGAUUGAGAUAUAAGAAUCUAAAAAAAAUAUAGAAAUUAUGAGUAUAAAUAGUUAAAUUUAUAAUUUAAUCCAAUUUAAGUUUUGAUAUUUAUUAUGGUAUGUGUAGUUUUAUGAAGAUUUGAUUUAUGGUCUCUAUAA